CGCAGGCCACGGCAAACCUCGCCUGCGUGCCUGCGCAACUGUAAACCUCGCUUUCUCACGCCUGUAUACUGCUUUGAAGUUAUCCUCACGAUGCCGAGCCUUUCCGACAGUCCUCCCGGCUCCCCGGCCUCCACGGCGUCGAACCGGGCCGCGAGCCCCCCUCCUUUCGACCUCGCCGCUUUCUUCGUCAGUCAGGCCACAGCGACCGUCGCGAGCCAGCUCGAAGCCCUCAAAGCCGUCGAUUUGAAUACCCUGUCUGCUGAUAUGGAUACCUGGCCGCGCGUUCGUUUGAAGGGAUCGCGGUACGUGUUGGAAAGCUGGAUUUACAAGAAGGGGAAGAGAAGGUCGUGGGCUACCGCGCAUGGCACGUUUUUGGUCGCUUUGAGCGCUUCCGGGGCCCGGCUCGAGGUUCCUUUUGGCUCUGCUCCUCGUUUGUGGAAGGAAUCCUUUUCAAUUCCAUCGCAACGUCUUCGGCUUCAAGUUAUCUCGGUAUACACGGCGUAUAUGACGGCAAGAAGGACCCCCCGCCGUCAAAUAAGAGGGCGAGGUUCGCGACGACGACGCGCUCUCGUCUCUUGUCGGCGGGGCCGUGAUCAGCAGCGGCAACACGAAGAAGAAGAGCAGGAAGAGCAGCAUAGAGAGAUGGAUGGUAGUGCGCCAGCGCCAGCGCCAGCAGCAGCUGCAGCACGGAGGAGGAGAAGAACAGGUAGACGAGGGAGAGGGAUCACAUUACGACAGCGCCAGCGAGAACGAGUGAAGCGAGCGUGGUAAGGAGGAGGGCAAGCGGGGCGAGGAGGCUUGGCUUACUGGCCGGCUCGGGCGCGGAGCUGUGCCUAUACUGUACCUAUACUAUAUACGAGCCCUGGAAUAGCAUC